ACUGGCCAAAAUGAAACGCUCCCUGCCGACACCGGUCGAAGAAAUGAAUCAUGGGACCGCGUUGCUGUGGAAACGACGGUAACCCGUUUCCCUUCACCCAGCAUGUUCAUUCCCCUUGGCUGAAAACCUGCUAGUGGAGUAAAAAGGAAAAAAAAGUCCACCUUUGCUGCAUGAUAGUUGUAGUUUGAUGUCUUAACUAGUUUAAUGCUAACAGCAGCCGAUGGUAACGGCUCAUCCGCCAGUGAUUAGCGAGCUAGCAUGCUAGCGACAUGACUGUUUUUAUUUAUCUCCAUUAUCACUUUCAUAAGCAUGAUCUUGGGCUGGGCGAUAUGGCCUUUAAAUAUAUUUUUUUCCCUUAUAAAAAUCAAAUUUUUAAUAGAUUUUGAUUUAUUAAUAGAUGCAUUUUAUGUACACUGAUUGCAUUCCACUUGGCUCCUUUCUGAGUCCCUCGCAAAACAAUAAAAACAAAAAUUAAAAAAUAUUCCGUUCGUGUUAGCUGUUUUUUUUUUUUUUUUUUUAGUGACUAUUAAAAUAUAGUAUUAUUGUCUUCCAGGGGUCGGAAAAGACUAAAUAUAGCGACUAAAUCACAAAGCCGGCAACACUGACUGUUUUUGUAAACUGGCUCCUCUGUAAGCAGCCAUGUUGUUAGGGGAAGCAGUGCAUAUCAAAUAGGCAAAAUGGAGAAGUAUUUAAAUUAAUUACAUUUAUUUGGAUUUCUUUGUAAUAGAUUAUGAAUAUUUAGGUUGAAAGGUUAAAAACUGACGUUCGCAUUUAUGUUCUUGGUCCUUGGAAAAAUUCCCCCCUGUAAGAAGUCCCUGGUCCCCAAAAAUGUAAGAAAUCCUAAACGUAGCUCCUCCCCGACAUACAAAGCUUGUCUGUCAUUUGGGAUGUAUCACUUCAACAUAGUUCCUUCAUACAGAUGUACUACUUCCCUAUUAGACAGAGGUUUGGCACCAUCUUGGGGCAUCUUAUGACAUUCCAGAAAGUUUUUCAGCAAGUGAUUUAAUUAGCGAAACGUGAACCACGUAUGUGCAGGGAAUUACUGUAAUCGAUCAAAUCAAACAAUCGGCCAGCCCUAGCAUUAUGUUCCAGGAGGGGUCCAUACAGCUUGUGUGCCUCACAGCCAACAGCGGGGUUCCCCUAUUUACAAGGGGUGCCUCCAGACAGCUCCCCUUCUCAAUCAUUGGCUCCCUGAAUGGCGUUCACAUGUUCGGAAGAGGACAAGGGGUGCUGUUGUCCAGUUGUGAGACGGAGGGCGGCGGGAGAGUGGUGUGGCGAGUCUUCCAGGACAGCUUGAUGCUCAUCGCCGUGAGCGCGGCUCACCAGGCGGGCCAGGCUGCGGACAGCAGUAAAGGGGAGCGCCUACAUCUCCAGCGCCUCCUGGAGAACGUGUGGAGCUGCAUGGUGAUGGUCCUGGGCCAGGACGAGCUGGUCAACGCGAGGAACGUGGAGCGACUGAAGAGGGACCUGCGCUCAUGCUUCGGCCUCAUCGACGAGCUGCUGGCGGAGCGUCGCCCGGGGGUCCUGGGCCACCUGACGCACUGCGCCGACUGCUUUCUGCCCCCGCAGCCGACCCUCCUCCAGGAGGCCGUGCAGGGCUUCGCCAAAGCUGCUGAAAGCGAGUUCGGCUGCCUCCUGGUCCACGGGCGGGUCGUCGCUGCCACGGAGAUGUGGUGGCGCCUGGCCCCGCGGGAAAUAGUCCUGCUCUCGGCUUUAAUGCGGGUCCUCUCAGACUCCGGUGCCGCCUCCUGUGACUACCCGGUGUUCCUCCCUCAGGGCAGCCCCACCGUGGCCCACCGCCUCCUCCGCUUCCAGCUGCUCCUGGGGGCCGACGUGUGUGUGCUGUGUGGCCCUUUGCCCUCCCUUCACGGCGCAGAGAGUGCCCUGGUGGGUCGCUUCUGGUCACCCCUGACGGACACCCUGAGAGACUGCCUCGCUUUAGGAGAAAGCUGUCUUCCCCCAUCCGUGACCGUACGCCCCGACGUGCUGGCCUUCCUCCUCAUCAACCGCGAGAGCCACCGCUCCGUCUCCUGCGUGCCCGCCCCCUCGUGCGCCCGGCCCCAAAGCGACCCGCCCUCGCCCUCUGCGGCUCGCUGCUGGGAGCUCCUCAAGCUCUUCUACGUUUUCUGCAUGACGCGCUACUUCAAGCAGGAGGAGGCGGAGGCCGCCACGGCGGAGGAGGGCGCCGCCCACCAGUGGAACACAGAGGACUUUGUUGCUGGAUUCUCCCACCAGCCACAGCAGUGCUAUUUGGUCACAGACGAGUGUAAAAGUUUCGCACUUCAGACGCCACAGCAUCAACUCUUCCUCCUGGCACUGCCGACGGCGCCGACAUUUGCCCUGAACAACAUCGCUGCACAGACUCUCUCAAGUAUUACUGCUGCUACUGAUUUCUAAUGACCUUAUUUCUAACUGCCACCAAGGCUUAAAAGUCCUAUCUUGAUUCAGGAUCUUUAUUAGCCAACUUAUUCCCCCCCCCCCCCUGUAUCACUGUUCUGAAUAGACGACACAGACACAUAAUGGGGGCGGAAAGUCAGCUCCCAAAUUUCCUGCUAGAGUCGUAACAAGCCUCUUUUACUCUGAGACAUCUCUGCCCUGUGUUUGAAAGGCACCGUUGCAGCAUGGAGUGUAAGUUAACCUGAGAAUUUUAGUCAUGACCAGAUUGUAAAGUUUAACUUAGACUCUUUUUGUUGUGUUGAAAGCAGUCGUUGCUCUGAUGUCGCCAAAAUCAAUGAGCAACGCGCAGCAGCUGUGCGAGCAUGCACUUGAGUCACGGACGGCAUUGUCCCGCUUCAGGGAGUUCCAUUUGAAAGGCAACAGGCAAAUAAAUGCCGCCUCAGCUGUUAGGCCAAUUUACAAGUGGAGAUCAGAUACUCUCUUCUCUCGCCCUGUUGUGCCGAAAGCAAUCGUCCCACUGCUAUUUUAUACAUCAAACUAUCUAGCCAUCCAUUAUCUGAGUCGCUUAUCCUCACAAGGGUCGCGGGACCGUUGGGCAGGUGGCGGGCUACACCCUGAACUGGUUGCCAGGGCACAUAUAAACAAACAACCAUUCGCACUCAUAUUCACACCUACGGGCAAUUUAGAGUCUUCAAUUAACCUACCAUGCGUGUUUUUGGGAUGUGGAAGGAAACCGGAGUGCCCGGCGAAAACCCACGCAGGCACGGGGAGAACAUGCAAACUCCACACAGGCGGGGCCGGGAUUGAACCAAGGUCCUCAGAACUGUGAGGCAGACGCUCUAACCAGUCAUCUACCGUGCCGCCACAUCAAGCUAGAUUAAUUCUUAUCUGACAGAUACAUUCACAGACCACUGUUACAGCUCUGAAGCAACAAUUUGUUGUGUUUAAAAGAGGCUAAAGAUGUGUAUUUUCUUAAUGGGAUUGUAUUGUUUAAUGACAAAUCAAUGGAAAUGGACAACAAAAUUACAGUGGGGAAAAAAUACUACACAUACACGUUUUAUUUGAAUUAGUCCCUAAAUUUAAGGGUUAUUGUUCUUUACUAAACAAUUAACAACUAAACAAACUCCCCUUAACUGCUUUGUGUUUUCACCGCAUAAACUGUUAUUUCAUUUCUUUAAUCACCAUCAUCAUCAUACCCAAUCAUGUGUAGACCAUACAAACCACUUCCUGUUUGAAGUCACUCAUUCAUUACUAGGAGUGUACAAGACAAUCGCAAAGAUAAAAAGAAAAAUAGUACAACUAAUAAUCAUACGUGUUAUUCAAAAAGGGCGACCACGUACAACUCCGAACAGAUCCAAUCCACAGAUGAUAAUAAUCAGCAUCGGUUUUGAGUGACACCGUCAAAGAGGUAUUCAUUUAACAAUAUGUUUAGUGUGGUGGAGAGAUCUAUAUGAACUGUAAAUGCUGUCUAUGUGAAAUGUAUUAUGAUAAAAAUGCAACUAU